AUGUGUAUUAAAGAAAUUACUAAUUUAUCAAAAACUUCUUUGGCUUCAAGCGAAACAAAAUUCGAUAGAUUAAAUUAUAAGACUCACCCACAAACAUCAUAUACAAGCCGACAAAUUGAUACGCAAAAGAUUAUUGCCAUUCUAAAUGGUAA